CUAUCCAAUACAUUUAGCAAUCUGAGAUUCCAUUUUCUUCGUUGCUCACAAUGGAAAUGGAUUCCCUUCCCAACGGCAACAACACCUCCGGAACCCCGAUCUCCGCCACCGCCACCGCCAACCCCGCGCAGCCUCCGUCGUCGAACCUUCCCCAACUGACGGAGUCUCUGAAGCUGGAGCACCAGUUCCUCAGGGUCCCUUUCGAGUACUACAAGAAAACCCUCCGUGCCAACCACCGCGCCGUCGAGAAGGAGAUGUCCGCCGUCAUCUCCGGCGUCAACGAAGCCGCCGCCACCGACCUGUCCCCCGACGACGCCGUCAACCACCUUAACUCCCUUGUCUCCCGCCUGCAAGGGCUCAAACGAAAGUUGGAGGAAGGAAGUCGGGCAGAGCAUUUGCAAGCACAGAAAUGUCGAGUGCGUCUCGAUCACUUAGAAUCUGCUGAUGCAGAAAACAUGUCAGAAUGGAAUAACACUCGUAUGAAGCGGAUUCUUGUUGAUUACAUGUUGAGGAUGUCAUACUAUGACACUGCAGUGAAACUUGCCGAAAGCAGCAACUUGCAGGAUCUUGUUGAUAUUGAUGUAUUCCAAGAAGCAAAAAAGGUUAUCGAUGCUCUACAAAAUAAGGAUGUUGCACCUGCCCUAGCAUGGUGUGCUGAUAACAAAUCAAGGCUGAAGAAGUCUAAGAGCAAAUUGGAGUUCCAGUUGAGACUUCAAGAGUUCAUAGAAUUAGUAAGAGCUCAGAACAAUUUGAGAGCUAUCACAUAUGCUAGGAAAUAUCUUGCGCCAUGGGGAGCCACCCACAUGAAAGAAUUGCAGCGAGUCAUUGCAACACUAGCUUUUAAAAGGGAUACUGAAUGUGCCACAUACAAGGUUUUAUUUGAAGCUAAGCAAUGGGAUUAUCUAGUGGACCAAUUCAAACAGGAGUUCUGCAAGUUAUAUGGCAUGACUUUAGAGCCCUUGCUCAAUAUCUAUCUGCAAGCUGGCCUUUCUGCUCUCAAGACACCAUAUUGUUAUGAGGAUGAUUGCACAAAAGAGGACCCCUUAUCACAGGAGGCUUUCCGCACACUAGCCAUGCCAUUACCAUAUUCAAAGCAGCAUCACUCUAAGCUUGUUUGCUAUAUAACUAAGGAGUUAAUGGACACGGAGAACCCACCGCAAGUCUUGCCCAAUGGAUAUGUUUAUAGCACUAAGGCUCUUGAAGAGAUGGCGAAGAAGAAUAAUGGUACAAUCAUCUGCCCAAGGACGGGUUUAGUUUGCAGCUACACAGAACUGGUCAAGGCAUAUAUUUCAUAAAUCUACAUACUUGCCUUGGCUUCAAGCUACCAUGGCUGUCUGAUUGUAAUGUAUUGGGAAAAUACUCUCAUGGGCUUCCUGUUGUUACGUCCAUUCUUUUACUUGUGUUCCGGUGCUAUGUACAUAUGUAAGAUGUUUCAAAUUGUCACUGGGAUAUCACGUAAACAUGUGCAUACAUUGAUUUGUAUUUUUCAUUGCAAUGAAGUUCUGUCAGUGCCGCCGUGGUUUGAACAUACCA